CAUAUCCCAGUUAUCAGUCCCUCUGCCACCUGUGCUUGUCUCAGUGACAAAACCAAAUACCCAUCCUUCCUCAGAACAAUACCCAGUAACUACUAUCAGAGCAGAGCCCUGGCCCAGUUGGUCAAGCACUUUGGUUGGACUUGGGUUGGAGCUAUUAGAAGCAAUAAUGAUUAUGGCGAUGAUGGCAUGGCUGGAUUCACAGAAACUGCACAGCAGCUGGGCAUCUGUCUGGAGUAUUCUGUGUCUUUCUUUAGAACGGAUUCAUCAGAUAAAAUAAAAAAGAUUAUUGACAUUAUCAAGGCUUCUACAUCCAAGGUGAUUGUAGCUUUUCUCUCAGACUUGGAUAUGAAUGUGCUAAUACAUGAGCUAUCUCACCAUAACUUGACUGGGUACCAGUGGGUAGGAAGUGAGAGCUGGAUCAGUGAUGUCCGGACAAAAGAAAGGGAUACACAUCACAUUCUGGAUGGUGCCAUAGGUCCAGUCUUCCCCAAAGCACAUGUCAGUGGCAUGAGAGAGUUCAUAUUAGAUCUUAAGACACUCAAUUCAUCCAGUAAUGAAUUGUUUACAGAGUUGUGGGAGACUUUAUUUAUUUGUAAGUUCAGACAGUCAGAGUCAUCAGCAGAGAAUCAGAGAAAAUGUACUGGACAUGAAGAUCUGACUGGAGUGCAGAACAGCUUCACUGAUAUGUCAGUCAUGCCUAAACUUAACAAUGUCUAUAAAGGAGUGUAUGCUGUGGCACAUGCACUACAUAGUAUUCUUGGCUGUAAUGAAACAUGUAAUAAUAAGGUGCAGCUAGAUCCACUCACAGAGAAAUGUCCCCCAGGAACUCGCAAGGUUCUCCAGAAAGGAAAACCUGUCUGCUGCUAUGACUGUAUCAGAUGUGCAGAGGGAGAAAUAAGCAACAUUACAGGUCUAGUAAACUGUGAGCGAUGCCACCCUGAGUCCUGGUCCAAUGAAAGAAGAGAUGCGUGUGUAAAGAAGGAGGCAGAGUUUCUAUCAUAUGAAGAAAUUAUGGGAGUACUGCUCACUGCAGCGGCCUUAUUUGGAACAUGCAUGACUGCUGUUGUGGCAGCCAUUUUCUUCAGAUACAGGACAACUCCUAUUGUCAGGGCCAACAACUCUGAGCUGAGCUUCCUGCUGCUCUUCUCCUUGACUCUGUGUUUCCUGUGUUCUCUGACCUUCAUCGGCCGGCCCUCUGAGUGGUCCUGCAUGCUGCGACACACAGCGUUCGGCAUCACCUUUGUCCUCUGUAUGUCCUGUUUUCUGGGGAAAACUAUAGUGGUGUUAAUGGCCUUCAGGGCUACACUUCCAGGCAGUAAUGUGAUGAAAUGGUUUGGGCCUGCACAGCAGAGACUCAGUGUUGUGGCUUUCACUCUCAUCCAGGUUGUUAUAUGUAUCCUCUGGUUAACUAUUUCUCCUCCUUUUCCAUUUAAGAAUUUUACCCAGUUCAAGGACAAAAUCAUCUUAGAGUGUGCUCUGGGAUCAGCUGUAGGCUUUUGGGCUGUACUUGGGUACAUAGGCCUUCUGGCCAUCUUAUGUUUUAUUCUGGCUUUUCUGGCUAGGAAACUGCCUGAUAACUUCAAUGAGGCCAAACUGAUCACCUUCAGCAUGCUGAUAUUCUGUGCAGUCUGGAUGACUUUUAUUCCAGCAUAUGUCAGCUCUCCUAGGAAGUUCAGUGUUGCUGUAGAGAUAUUUGCUAUUCUGGCCUCCAGCUAUGGGCUACUGUUCUGCAUUUUUCUUCCAAAAUGUUAUAUAAUUCUGUUUAGGCCGGAGCAUAACACAAAGAAACACUUAAUGGGAAAGAUUUCUUGUAAUGACAGACAUUAA